AUGGCGAAUAUAGAGAUAACGAAACAGCAGACAACUCAAAAUGAUUCGGAGCCUUCAAGAUUUUCAGCUAGAAAGUCUUCUGCAAGUCCAAAACGAAGAAUUAUAUACCCUCCAAUGUAUAAAAUUUUGGAAUCCCCAAAUCUAAAAGCUACUCUUACCAAGCACCUACAAAGAAUCCCAAAUGGUUCUUCUGCCCUUCCCAGGGAUCAAAAGCGCCUCGAAGGUGGCUGAAAUGAUCGUUUCUGCUAUACUUUUUCAAAGGAUAAUAAAAAUUACCCUACAAAGCUGCGAGAGUAUUUUGAUAGCCCAAAGGACUUUGAGCAAGAUAAUAAAGAUUCGUUCAUUCCUAACGUGUUUUUAAAUACAACAGGGAGGAUUCAAAAACGAAGCCAUUCUAUUGUGUCCAGUGAAAAGAAAAACUCGAAUGGAUUUAAAAAUUAUCAAGGAAAGAAAAAGCAGAGAGGAUUGUCAAUGACAAAUGGAAAAGAAGAAUGGAAAGAUUUGUCCACUCAUAACGCGGAUAGGAAUUUACUCCCGUUUUAAAUUGGAAUGACAUAUCAGUAAAAAUUCUAUUUUUCGGGUGUGCAUUAGCUAGCCCUUGGAGCAAACAUUCUUUUUGAAUAGCAAAAUUUUAUAGGUGAAAAUAAAUUUUUUAUAAAAUUAGUUUUGAUCUAACUUAGAGUAAAGUGUAAUUAAAAUAUUAUUUAAAUAGUUUUUACACUUAAUUGAUCAAUUUUGUUGAUUAAUUUUUCAUAAAAAUAAAAUUAAAAUUAAAAAAUAUUGCGUAUUUAAAUUUCUUAAUUUUAUGAACAUUUAAAUCUAUUUUUUUUAAAAAAAAGGUUAACCCCCUUUAAAUUAGAGCAGAACAUUUUCCAAUUAAAAGGAGUGGGAGUUAUCGAGGUAUAAGACUUUUCGAGCUUAUUUUGAUGAUAUCAAUAAAAUUAUUUAA